AUGGGGUUAAAUGUCGAGUAUUCCUCACCAUGCUCUUCAAGUCAGCGUAGAGGUGGUUCAAGAGAGAAAGCCAAGGUCUUCCGCCUCUUUGGCAGGGAGAAGUCCGUUCACCACGUCCUCGGCGGUGGCCAAGCUGCUAAUUUGAUUCUAUGGAGGGACAAGAUCUCAGUUGGAAUACUCGUUGGUGCCACUGCUAUUUGGAUUCUAUUCGAGUUCGUCAGCUACCAUCUACUUCCUUUAAUUUCCCAUGGCCUCAUCAUCUCUUUGCUCACGCUCUUCCUGUGGUCGAAGGCCUUGACGUUUAUUAACAAAUCUCCGCCGCACAUUCCAGAGGUGAGGAUACCUGAGGACCAAAUUGUGACUCUCUAA